UCUUGCCUGAAGCUUAAAGACUGUGUAGAAUUCUUUCCUCUCUGUCUGUGUCUUUCUGCUUCCUUUCCCACUUCAUCUACGUCUGCAGAAGGACUUGUUUUUAAAGUCAUGGGGACCUCACUGUACAUACUUUGGCUGUUCGCCCUGAAUUUGUACCUGACAAGUGGAUAUGAAGGAUCGGGAUAUUCACCACUAGAAGAUGAUGAGGAUGCUGCUUAUGCUCGCUCUAGAUAUCACUAUGCAGAUACUCCAUGGUGCUCACCUAUAAAAAUUAAAAAUGGACAUGCCACCUGCUCCAGUCCUUCUCGAUCUUAUUACAAAACUGUGAAAGGGACAAGGUGCAACAUCUACUGUCAGAAAGGCUAUGAGCUAAGUGGAGCCUCUCAGGUUAUUUGUCAGCCAGAUAAACGCUGGUCUAGCAAGUCUAUAUGUAAACAAAAAAGAUGCUCUUCUCUCACCAUGCCAGUAAAUGGAGGAUUCAAAUGCACAGAUGGUGCAUACUUUAACUCCAGAUGUGAAUAUUAUUGCUCACCCGGGUAUCAGCUGAAAGGGGACAGAAUUGCCACCUGCAUGGAUAGCAAGACCUGGAGUGGACGGCCAGCAACUUGUGUAGAUUUGGAGCCUCCAAGGAUUCAGUGUCCAAGUGUAAAAGAGAAAGUAGCAGAACCAAAUAAACUUACUGCAAGAGUCUUCUGGGACACUCCUGAAGGACGGGACACGGCAGAUGGAAUCCUAACAGAUGUCAUAUUAAAAGGACUUCCAUCCGGCUCUGACUUCCCAGAGGGAGAUCAUAAAAUCCAGUAUACAGUAUACGAUAGAGCUGAGAACAAGGCAUCAUGUAAAUUUACUGUGAAAGUAAGAGUAAAGCGCUGUGCUAAGCUGAACGCUCCAGAGAAUGGAUAUGUCAAGUGUUCAGGAGCUGGAGAUAACUAUGGUUCAACCUGUGACUAUUUUUGCAUGGGUGGAUAUGAAUUGCAAGGAAGCCCAGCUCGUGUGUGCCAGUUCAAUUCAGAGUGGUCAGGCUCAGAGCCCACAUGUUCCUUUAUGAAUAUUAAUGUUGGACUAAAAAAUGCAGUUGAAUUUUUGGAUCAGUUUUAUGAAAAAAGAAGAUUGUUAGUUAUAUCCACACCUACUGCGGCUGAUUUUUACUACAGGUUACAAGUGGGAACGCUACAGCAAGCUCAGUGUGGCUUGGACUUAAGACACGUGACAGUCAUUGAAUUAUUUGGUGUAUAUCCAACUUACAUCGGAAGAAUAGGACGCAGGCUGCUCCCUCCUGCAUUAGGACUACAGCUGAGAUUGCUCCUAAGAAUAUCCGAAAGAAAAUAUCAGAUGGUUGUUCUUGAUAAACAUGGCGUCGACAAAGAAAGAUAUGCCAACCCUAUAAACAAUUCUGACCUUUUUACACUCAUUGAUGCCUUCCCUCUUCGAAGAGAUGAGAUGCAAUUUCAAGCUGAAGUUGGACACAUGUGUAAUUGAGCAGAUUUGAAUAAAAUGAUGUAGACUUGCUGCUGCAUACACCUGCUGUACAGAGUUUUGUGAAUUUGACCUUUCUAUAUGUUUACUCUUUAUAUCACAAAUGCGUGAUCAGUGCCAGAUUUAUUGUAUUCACUAUUAAUUACCCUCUGGAGGAUAAUUUUGCUUGGCGGUAAGUUAAUUCUGCUGUUGCUUGGCACACAUGAUGACUGGGGAUUGCACUGGUACCCUAUCAGGGUGCCUUCACACGCGGCAGAAAAUUCCACAACUGAAAAUCAGUUCCAUUCAUUUGAAUGGGGCAGCAAGCACAUGGAUUUCUGCAAGCUCCAUUAGGCUACGUCUACACGACGACAUUUGU